GCAGUUAAUGAGAACGGGCCCUCUGGUAGGCUGGGGGAAGCCUUGGGAGGAGUACGACGCAUGCGCAGACCUGGAAACCUUAGAUUUCCCAUUCUCGGUCUACGGUGGGUUUAGAGUCUCGCCGAAUGCUUCCGGCCGGAGGUUCUGCCACACCAAGCCAUGUCUUCCACGAGCACCUGGGCUCUGCUCCGCCUCCCUCCACCACUGAUCAGGAUAUGCUCUGGGUUGAAGUGGGGGCUCAGGCUUCAGAAGCCAGCACUGCUCUUCCCAGGAAUGGCUGCCAGCGCAGUACAGGUGGCAGGCAGGAAGGACUCCCCUGCUCUGCUCCCCCUGAACGAGAGUGAGCUCGAAGAACAGUUUGUGAAAGGACAUGGCCCAGGGGGCCAGGCCACCAACAAGACCAGCAAUUGUGUAGUGCUCAAACACGUGCCCUCCGGCAUUGUGGUCAAGUGCCACCAAACACGAUCUGUGGAUCAAAACAGGAAGAUAGCUCGGAAAGUCCUCCAGGAGAAAGUGGAUGUUUUCUACAACGGUGAAAACAGCCCUGUUCACAAAGAGAAGCUCGAGGCUGAGAGGAGAAAGCGAGAGAGGAAGAAAAGAGCAAAGGAGACUCUAGAAAAGAAGAAAUUAUUAAAAGAAUUACGGGAAGCAAGUCAAAACAUCACCGAGAAAAAGGCUGAUGCUGAUGAUAUACCAAGGGGCUUCCGGGAAUAGAGGUGGCAGUGCCUGGCUCCAGGAUUAUAACAUCUAAAGAGAACAUUCUGGAACUGGAAAAGGUGGCGUAUACCUGCAGUCUCAGCUCUUGGGAGAGCUAAGGCAGGAGGAUUGCUGCAAGGUUCAGAACAACCUCACCUAUAUAGCUAGUUCUGUAGCAGCCUUUCCUAUAUGGUGAGACUGUCCCAAAUACGUAAGUAGGGGCUGCAGAGUUAGCUUAGCAGUUGAGAGAGCUUGCUGUUCUUGCAGAAGACUCAGGUCCAGUUGCCAGUAUUUCACAUGGGGUUGCUCCCAACCUACUGCCUGUAACUACAGCUCCAGGAGACCCAGUGCCACUGUCUGGCCUCCACAGGAAAAAUACACUCUCAUACAUACAAAUCCUUUUUGGGGGGAGGGGGGUCAAGACAGGGUUUCUCUGUAUAGCCCUGGCUGUCCUGGAACUCACUUUGUAGACCAGGCUGGUCUCGAAUUCAGAAAUCCGCCUGCCUCUGCCUCCCGAGUGCUGGGAGUAAGGCAUGUGCUACCACACCCGGCUCACACAAAUCCUCUUAAGAACCUUUUAAAAAUAUCAUCCUGAUGGACUUAACCAAGUUUUUAUCUGCAUGUUCACAUGCAUGGCAGAAAAAGGAAUCAGAUCCCAUUACAGAUGGUGUGAGCCACCAUGUAUUUGCUGGGAAUUGAACUCAGGACCUCUGGAAGAGCAGUCAGUGCUCUUAACCACUGAGUCAUCUCUCCAGCCCCUAGACUUAUUUUUAACUAGUGGAGUGUGGCAUGUGUGCAUGAGUGCACAUGCGCACUGAGGCCAGAAGAGGCAGGUCCUCCGGGAGCUCGAGUCACAGAGGUAGUGAGCUGCUUAACGCUGGUGCUGGGGACUGACCCUGGUGCUCUUCAAGAACAGUAUGCACUUUGAAUGGUGACCCAUCACUUCAGGCCCAGCCAUCAGUUGUUUUUUUGUUUUUUCUAAUGAUUGAACUUUAUGUACGUUGUGGUUCUGCCUGCUUUUAUGUGUGUGACUGUCAGAGCCUCCUGAAACUGGAGUUACAGAGGUAUGAGCUGCCACAUGGGUGCUA